AUGGAUUUGAAUGGUGGUAUUGCCAAUAUCCGAGAUUUCCUGGUGCAUCUUCCGCGUCUGGCGCGAUACGACUAUGACGAGGCAGUAAGCUAUAUGGUGUGGAAGGUGCUUAGCCUUUCAGUCGAACAGGGAGGCGAGAGGAUCGACUGGGGUUCGAUUGUCAAUGUGAUGGGGUCUCCAAAAUGGAGAGAUGGCACGUAUCGGAGUGUCCUGAAGGAUUGUUCGUGGAAGCAUAAAGCGCUUGAGACCGCCCGAAAGGGCCAUUCACACGCGGGAACUAUGUGCAACCGGCAGUGUUAUCCGCCAGAGACUGUUUAUUACUGCUUCACUUGUACUAUGAAUCCGCUGUAUGAAAUAUGUGAAUACUGUUUCGAUAAAUCCAGGCAUGAAGGGCACGUCUACACAGCAAAAAUGGUUGUUAGACCUGAGGGUCGAGUUUGUCAUUGUGGGAAUACUUUUGUAUUUCCGGAAUCUCAUUGUUUGAGUCAAUGCAAGGAGGAACAGAACAAUGCAUGUCCUGAAGCGUCCGAAAGCCAAGAUUCAUUUGAAGAACAUAUUGUGCCUACAGUCAGCGCUGUUUGUAAUUACUUGAUUGAUAUCACGGUGUAUUUUCAAGAAAAGGAGGGAUUGGCUAGUCCGCUGGAUAAUGCAUGUUAUGGCAGGUCGAGGUUCGACCCAUCGGCGAAGCCUGAGAUCUAUCUAGAAGAUUCAAGGGGAAACAUUUGCGAUAGAAUACCCGAAGAUGAGACAGAAUGGGCUUUACAGAUAGAUGAGGAGGAUUGCCAGAUGUGCUAUAUGGAUCUCGCCGCCAAAAUUGGCAGAAUACUCAACAAACCCCUUGAAUAUGCUGUGAGCAUCACUAGUGUGUUAGAGAAUGGCGGCCCCUCUGUUACGGUCGUCAAGUCUCGAGAUCGCACCAAAAUCGAAAAGAUCUCAUCUAAAUUUACCAGCGAAGGUGCCACAAAUCAUAUCCGAGAAACAAAGGAUACUUUCAAAAAAAGUUUGGUUGAUGAUCUUGUUCAUUGGUUGUAUUUGUUCUCCAUCAAAGAAGCAAAUUCCUUGCAAAUUAAGAAAGCCUUGAGACUGUCUUUCCUAGAAGCAUGGGAGCCAGGCCUGGUAUCAAACAAGCUCGCCCUCGACUGCCUCAAUCCGUUUAUGUCUAAGAUUAACCUACUGGGAGGAUUUUUAAUCUCAGAAGAGCAGCGAGAUACAUUCCCUUGGUUUACGCCGUGGGAGUUCUCAGACAUCAACGACCUUUCAGUUAGGGAGAUCUUGCUGAAAUACAACAAGAGAUUAGCAUCUACCAAUAUUCCAAAUGCGGUCUCAAGAUACCACACGCUUCAUGGCUCUAGGUUACAGUAUAUUCUGGUCGGUUUAGCUGAUAUACUAACAAAGCUCUCCAAAAACAGAAUGCUCAAAGUGAUUUCUUCUUUAUUCGCCAUAAUGGAUAAUACGAAGCAGUUUCUUGCUUCUCAAUACCUGGACGUCUAUCUUGCAGUCCUUUACAGCACAGUUGCAUCGGACCUCACGGGGUUCAAAGUCUCUUUAAUGGGGACACUUUCUCAGCAUAUAUUCCAAGACCCUAGAAACGCCAAUCUUGCAAUCAGGCGUGGGUUUAUUCAGCGCACUUUGCGCUUUGCAUUUACAUUAAUGGCAUUUAGCCCGGAGGAUCUUUCAGCUUAUCUACCGAUUCCGCUCUACUACAGCUGCAAAUUACCAAGUGAAAGCAUACGAAAUAGGCGAACCAUAAUAUGCUUGAAGGACAUUUGCAUGCUGAUGUCUACUAAUACAAUACCCGAUGAGUUACUUAAAGAUGAGGAAAUAUUAGCGGUUAUCAUUGAGUCUUUCGCAGCAUUCAAUAAGAUUCUACCAUUGAAAAGGGAAACAUCGGAGCACGUAGAGUUCGAGAAUUUCGAUUUCUCCUCGUAUUAUUUUUUUUUCUCAUCCAUUUUGGUACUGACUGAUGGUUAUGUUCACAGCAUCUCUCUACUAUCUGAUCUUGAAUCUCGCCGGGGCUUUAUCUCAAAACUUUUGACCAUUGCGAUGGAUAAAGAGCUAGAAAUUCUUUCAAAAUUACGCAGGAGUUAUUCAAAUUCGUCUUUGAGCGACAUCAAGUGCCGCUGCAAACUAAAAAUGGACGGGCUCCCGUUAGUGAAAGAAAAGAUAUGCAAUUACGUCGGUCAUGUCAUUAAUUUCCAAGUUGGUGUCGACACUCAGAACUUUUUCAACCCCAUGUCGUACCUAUUUAGGUUCGUUCUGCAAUGGAGCUGUUGCGGCAAGUACACACCACUUCCCGAUAUAUCUAGGAAAUACUUGGAUUUCAGAAAACUCAUUCAAGAUAAAGCUAAGGCGCUCUACGUUUCAGAAUCUGCGUUGUCGACAUUGGUUCUUAUUGGGCAGAUAAGCGUUGGCUUCUGGGUUCGGAACGGGACGCCGAUCACACAUCAGGCCAGGAUGUACACCACAUAUAGCAUCCGUGAAUUCACUUAUAUGAGUGAUAUAUUCAACGUUCAGUUUAGUAUGGCGAUGGCCGAUCCUAAUGAGUUUAUUGUGACAUACCUUGCUAGAUGGGGCCUCAAGCAUUGGUCGAACGGCUUUCCAAUGGGUGACUACCCUGAUUUUGAAACGACGGUGGCGAUGGUGAAUCAAUGUUGCUUGUUACUAAUUCGAUUGUUCUCACAGACCAAGUUUCUGACUGUCGUAUCUUCAGUUGAUGGCUUUGAAAAGACGCUACGCGGCGAGAUCGUUCACGCUCUAUGCUUCAAGAGCUGCAGUUAUUCUCAAAUAAUGAAUUCUCUGCCGGAGCACAUAACAAAACAUGCCGCAUUCGAUCUUUACCUGGAAAAGUACACCGAUUUUAUUGCCCCAGCAGGGGUAACGGACUCCGGAGUUUACACGUUGAAAACAGAGUAUACGAACGAAAUCGAUCCUUAUUUUAUAGGACUAUCUUCUAGCAAAAGAUACGAGGUGGAAAAAAGCAUUCGAAUGUCUAUGGCUUUGAGGGAGAAAAUCGACUACGAAGAUACAUUUAUUCCAGCUCCGAAAACCAUUGAUUCUUUGAAAUUUACGCCAUAUUGUGAGCUUUUCGCUAUUUCGUCUGUUGAAACGUUUGGGACUUUUUUAAAGAACACAUUGGAUCAUAUUAAGAAGUAUGAAUGCGACACCCUCCUUCCGACCGUUCUUCACCUAAUUCACCUUUGCAUCGUCAAUAAUCUUGAUGCUUUCAGCAAGAUCUUUUGGCAUGAGUUCGGCUCUCUGGACACAGAAUUUUGCUUUUACCAUAGUAUUGGUUCCAUCUUAUACAGUUUUCUUUUGCAGGAGAACUGCCUACAAGUGCAUGGAAAGAUUCGAGAAAUAUUUAAAUAUAUGGUUAAGAAUGUACCUCAUGUGGAUGCCGACAGUUACCUCCGCGAACAAGUCCCUUCUUUUGAUUCUGAUAUUCUCUGGUCUUCCAAAGCUAUAAGAAAUAACAAGGACGGAGAGCUGGAAAGGAAGAAAAACCUAGCGAGGAUGAAGAAGGAAAAAAUGAUGAGGAAAUUAGCCAAGCAGCAGAUACAAUUCAUUGAUAACCAUAACUUUUCAGCCAGUGACGAAGAAAUUUGCAAAGAGUCAUCCGCAGAUUCAACUACGAGCUCUCAGCAACACCUUGAAAACUCCAAUGAAGAUCCAUGCGUUUUCUGCAAAAUGCCGAGUGAGGAUGAUGUGUUUGUUUAUUUUUCCUAUCAAGAGCAAAACAUCUGUGAAUGUAGAGUCGACUUUACUACGGAACGUAGCUGGAAUAAUACUAUGACUAGAUCAAGUGAAGGCUGCAAUUUCGAUUGGAUGAAGCAAAUAUUUAAUAGUAAACGCACCACACAAUUGACUAGUCAAGCCUCUGUUUUGAGAACAUGCGGGCAUGGUUCUCAUAUUUCAUGCUUGGCGAACCACAUGAAGGCAAUUCGUGCAACUCAUAAUCAGACGACUAAAAAUAUACCUGUGGCUUUCGGAUUUGGUUUGCUUUAUUGUCCUUUGUGCAAUGCGCUGUGCAACUCAUUUUUACCACAUCUUGCAGGACUUGAAUGGCAUUACUCAGAAGACUACUCUAGGAACAAAUCUCCGAAAUCAACUGGUUGCAUGGAAUCUUCGCUGCUGUCCACUGGUAUCAAGGCUGCCAAAGUUUUUCAGGAUUUGCAGUGGGAACCCAAUGGAUCGACCAACAACCUUGCAGAUGCGGUAAGUUAUCUUCUCGUUAAUACAAUUCGCAAUGCCGAGCUAGGUUUGAGACCAGAUGAUGGCCUUUCAAUGGAUAGGGUCUCAAGCCAGAAACUUCGGACCCUGGAGCUUCUAUAUGCAUUAAGAAAUGUUAUCAAAGACCAAUCCGUCAAUGCGCAUCCUUCAUUAGGAGAUCUUCCCGGCUGGUAUGACUGUCUUUCUGAAAAGUUUGAUUGCGACUUACUAGUGUCUGGCAGCUACUUGAUUGAUCAAUAUAUUUCGGGCAGCAAAGAAGAGGGUGUUGAAAAGCGAGUGGGAAUUUAUCCUCCCACAAUUUUCCACGAACUAAUCAAGAGAAAAGUAUUUCGAGAUAUACUGCUUAUCUCUAAAGGGUUGGUAGAUGAAAGCUUCCGCCUCGAUACCCUCGAAAAGGCCGUGGAAUCGAAAGAAACUGACGGAAAUGAAUCUCGAAUGGAACAAAGUUGCAUAGCUAUGAUACUUCGAGAAUUUUCAUCCUUUUUGGAGCCGGAAGCAGAGCGUUCCGCGGUGAGUCCCCCAAUGGUAGAGUAUGUUCAUCAUCUUCUCAUUGGAUCCUUGACAGUUUUCCUCAGAAGAUUAUGCAUCAUGUAUCAUAUUAGGUCUGGGCCACGCGCGGAUCGUAAUUGCAUGUCUGCCAGUUGCAGGCCCGUGGACUUUUAUAUCUGCUACCUGAACCUGCAGCCAAUGAGGGUGACACUACAGCGCCUUAUUGAUGAAGAUUUUGAUACUACAUUAAAUUCGAUCAAGCAGAGCUUCGUGGGCCAUCGCUCUCAGACCAUCCUAAGGACCCCCAAAUGCAUGUCACUGAGUAGUGCAGAACCACUUCAUUUAGCUCCCCUCCCAAGCUCAUUAUCUGCAUUUUUCAGAUCAGAAGAUGAUAACAUCACACAUAGAGCACUUAAGCAUGAAAUUGCUGUGUGUUUAUUCUGUGGGACUGCGUGUCGAAUUCAAAAACCGAUAGCAUUACAUAAAUAUGCCAUCGGUGUUUGCACUAAUCAUGUCCGGAACGUUUGUCCGGUGAUCUCAACUUAUGGCGCCUUUCUUCUGAUUCGAAGCAAUGCUAUAUAUCUUGCCUACGGUCAAAGGGGGUCAUUCUAUCCCGCACCCUACCUGCACAGACAUGGAGAACCUGAUGAAGACUUGAAGUAUAAUUCUCCUGUUUACCUAGACGAGACAAGAUAUGAGCACCUGAAGAGUGGAGUCAUUCUCGAGAAUAUGAUCCCGCAUAUUGUCCACAGAUUGACAGAGAACAAUUCAGAUCUUGGCGGUUGGGAAACUAUGUAA